AUGUCCGGAGAGCCAGAUCACUCGCAGAACAAGCACAAGGUCAAGCUGGAGCACGACCCUUCCGGUGCAGAGAAGCGUGAAGAUGAGGUCGCCACGGCCAUCCUGAAGAAGAAGAAGAAGCCUAACUCGUUGAUCGUCACCGAUGCCACCAAUGAUGACAACUCGAUUAUCGCCCUCUCGAACAACACCAUGGAGACGCUCCAGCUCUUCCGUGGCGACACUGUCUUGGUGAAGGGCAAGAAGAGAAAGGACACCGUACUCAUCGUCCUGGCUGACGACGAUCUCGACGACGGAAGCGCCCGCCUCAACCGUGUUGUUCGCCACAACCUCCGCGUGAAGCACGGCGAUGUCAUCACCGUCCACCCGUGCCCGGACAUCAAAUACGCGAAACGCAUCGCGGUCCUCCCCAUUGCCGAUACCGUCGAGGGCCUGACCGGCUCCCUGUUUGAUGUCUUCCUUGCACCAUACUUCCGCGAAGCCUACCGGCCCGUGCGCCAGGGCGACCUCUUCACAGCUCGCGGUGGUAUGAGACAAGUGGAGUUCAAGGUCGUAGAAGUCGACCCUCCGGAGUUUGGUAUUGUUGCGCAGGACACCGUGAUUCACUGCGAAGGCGAGCCCAUCCAGCGCGAGGAUGAGGAGGGCAACCUCAACGAAGUCGGCUACGACGACAUUGGUGGUUGCAGGAAGCAGAUGGCUCAGAUCCGCGAGCUGGUUGAGCUGCCUCUCAGGCAUCCUCAGCUCUUCAAGUCGAUCGGUAUCAAGCCGCCGCGUGGUAUUCUCAUGUACGGUCCUCCGGGUACCGGUAAGACGCUCAUGGCUCGCGCGGUCGCCAACGAGACUGGCGCUUUCUUCUUCCUGAUCAACGGUCCCGAGAUCAUGUCGAAGAUGGCUGGUGAGUCGGAGUCCAACCUCCGCAAGGCAUUCGAAGAAGCCGAGAAGAACUCUCCCGCUAUCAUCUUCAUUGAUGAAAUCGACUCUAUCGCGCCCAAGCGUGAGAAGACCAACGGUGAAGUCGAGAGGCGUGUCGUUUCCCAGCUCCUCACUCUCAUGGACGGCAUGAAGGCCCGUUCGAACAUCGUCGUCAUGGCCGCAACCAACCGCCCGAACUCGAUCGAUCCCGCCCUCCGCCGUUUCGGCCGUUUCGACCGUGAGGUUGACAUUGGUAUCCCCGACCCCACCGGCCGUCUGGAGAUUCUCUCCAUUCACACCAAGAACAUGAAGCUUGCAGAGGACGUGGAUCUGCAGACCAUUGCUGCUGAGACUCACGGUUACGUCGGUUCUGACUUGGCUUCGCUCUGCUCUGAGGCCGCCAUGCAGCAGAUUCGUGAGAAGAUGGACCUUAUUGAUCUGGACGAGGAUACCAUCGACGCUGAGGUUCUUGAUUCGCUUGGUGUUACCAUGGAGAACUUCCGCUUCGCCCUUGGCGUUUCGAACCCCUCCGCGCUCCGCGAAGUUGCCGUCGUCGAGGUGCCCAACGUGCGGUGGGAGGAUAUCGGUGGUCUGGAAGACGUCAAGCGCGAGCUCAUCGAGAGCGUCCAGUACCCUGUCGACCACCCCGAAAAGUUCCUCAAGUUCGGCCUUUCGCCUUCUCGCGGUGUUUUGUUCUACGGUCCCCCUGGUACCGGUAAGACUCUGCUUGCCAAGGCCGUCGCCAACGAGUGCGCGGCGAACUUCAUCUCCGUCAAGGGUCCCGAACUGCUUUCCAUGUGGUUCGGUGAGUCUGAGAGCAACAUUCGCGAUAUCUUCGACAAGGCCCGUGCUGCGGCACCUUGCGUUGUCUUCCUUGACGAGCUUGACUCCAUUGCCAAGGCUCGUGGUGGUUCCGUUGGCGAUGCUGGCGGUGCUUCUGACCGUGUCGUUAACCAGCUCCUAACUGAAAUGGACGGCAUGACUUCGAAGAAGAACGUCUUCGUCAUUGGUGCCACCAACCGUCCCGAGCAGCUCGACAACGCCUUGUGCCGUCCUGGUCGUCUGGACACCCUGGUCUACGUUCCCCUGCCCGACCAGGCUUCCCGUGCCGGAAUCCUCAAGGCCCAGCUCCGCAAGACUCCGGUCGCCCCCGAUGUCGAUCUCGACUUCAUCGCCGCCAACACCCACGGCUUCUCCGGUGCCGAUCUUGGCUUCAUUACCCAGCGUGCCGUCAAGCUCGCCAUCAAGGAGGCCAUCUCGGCUGACAUUGAGCGCACCAAGGCUCGUGAGGCCGCUGGCGAGGACACCACCAUGGAUGAUGACGAUGACAACGCCGAGGAUCCCGUGCCCGAGCUGACCAAGCGCCAUUUCGAGGAGGCCAUGGCUUCUGCCCGCCGCUCGGUCACCGAUGUUGAGAUCCGCCGCUACGAGGCUUUCGCCCAGCAGAUGAAGAACUCGGGCGGUAGCAGCUUCUUCCGCUUCCCCGAGGCUGGCGCCGAGGGUAACGCCGGCAACAACAACUUCGGUGCUGGUGGCGACGACGAGGGUCUUUACGACUAA